AUGAAGACCUUCAUCUUCCUUGCCUUCCUGGGUGCUGCUGUUGCUCUCCCCAUUGAUGAUGAUGAUGACAAGAUCAUUGGGGGCUACAACUGUCAGAAGAAUUCCCUCCCCUACCAGGUGUCCCUGAACGAUGGCUCCCAUAGAUGUGGUGGCUCCCUCAUCACUGACCAGUGGGUGGUGUCCGCAGCUCACUGCUACAAGCCUCAAGUGAAAAUCCAGGUGCAUCUUGGAGAACAUGACAUUCACGUUACUGAAGGUGAUGAGCAAUUCAUUGCUGCAGACAAGAUCAUUCCCCAUCCCAAAUAUGCACCCCAAAAUACUAUCAUCGAUGGGCAAUACACACUCAAGUAUGACAAUGACAUCAUGCUGAUUAAACUGAAGACACCUGCCACCAUCAACUCUCAAGUGUCCACAGUCUCUCUUCCAAAAUCCUGUCCAUCUGCUGGUACUCAGUGCCUCGUAUCUGGCUGGGGCAACACAGUUAUCAUUGGCAAUAAAUACCCUUCCCUUCUCCAGUGUCUGAAAGCUCCUGUCCUCUCUGAUGCUUCUUGUCACGAAUCCUACCCAAAACGCAUCUCUGGCAACAUGUUCUGCCUGGGCUUUCUGGAGGGUGGAAAGGACUCUUGCCAGGGUGACUCUGGUGGACCUGUGGUCUGCAAUGGGGAGCUCCAGGGUGUGGUCUCCUGGGGUGUUGGCUGUGCUCUGGAAGGCAAACCUGGUGUCUACACCAAGGUGUGCAACUACCUGGACUGGAUUCAGGAAACCAUUGCUGCCAACUGA